AUGCACGAAGAAGAAUACAACGACUUGUACAAAAUCGCGGUCCUCGGCACAGUUCCGGAUUCCCGCUCCUGGUCCCAAAAAGUCAGUCAAAAAGUGUUGGAAUACGCCGCCGUGGCCACCGUAGUCGCGGUGCUCCAAUACGGGCUUUGCUCACAGGGCUUCUGCAAAAGCAUACCGGGUUACUGCAGCAACAUACAGAGCUACUUGACCGGCAAUGGCUCCACCACUGGCGACAGCACCGCCGUGGCCCCGAUGGCCCACGGUUUGUACCAGGCGCAGACGACCGAGGCCCCGGGUCUUAUGCAGGGUCUGGUGGACACCUUGACUACAGCGGCAGGGGGCCGAACUGGCAACGUGGCGCCGGUCAGUGAACUUAAGGAGACUGUCCAUCUCGCUGACGCUGAUAUACGUGCGGCGAUCGAAGCUGAUUAUUUCCCGAAGGUGAUAGACGGCGUCGUUGUCAAGUUCCCACGACACUUCGGCAACGUCGCGACCUUGACGGAGGCGCGUAACGAUUUGACUACAGCGGUAGAGAACCUGGUGAUGACCGGUAAGCCCAUGGAAACCAGCAACCUCGCUGCAGCUGGCAACUUUACGGAAGCUGACAGACUGGCGGCAAUGGUGUUGUACCAGCAGCUGCUGUCCGACAACCUCUUUAAGACGUAUUUGGAGGUCACGAAGCAGGAUGUUGCGGCGAAGUUUGCUGAGGCCUCGAUCGACAUCGCGCAAACAGCGGCUAGAGAUGCGAGGGGCGCUCUUAUGGACGCAGUAAAGACGGUUUGCGAGAAGUGGAAUAUGGCUGCUACGGACUUGGAGGCAGUUGCUAGGGGAGUUCCUACUGAACCGAGUACAUUCGUGUGUCACAAGCUUCCGACGAUGAGCUUCGCCGAGUUGAAUAGGCCUGGUCUGUUCGUGGACCCCGGGACUGGAUGGGACUUGCAGCGGUUCCGAGCGUCCUUUAGCAGGUGUGUGGACAUGGACUUCAACCCGGAGACGACGGACAUCUGGCUUGGCGCUUUGGGGUCAGAGUGGGCGCCUCGCAACCGGACGUGCGGCCGCGCUAGGGAAGGCACUUUGAUGUGCCGCGGCUUGGGAGUAAGCAACCCACAGUGCUUUGACUUUGAACCCCAAUGGGAGACCUAUCCGGGCGGCCUGGGUUUCUUGAUUGACAUGAUCGAUCGAAUCUUUCGUCCCACGGGCGACGAGAACUGCGUUGUCCGUUGCGGUGGUUCUCACGCGCUAGAUACACCGACAGAACUCUGGCUCAAGAACGCCGAGGAACGAGACGCGGUCCGAAACGCUAUGAGCGGCCGCAUGGACCUCGGCGAUGCGUGUACCCGGAAACAACUCGAACACUUCGUGCAGGUCGUUCAGAAAAUGUAUACACGAGCAAUCACGCGAAAGUACGCGCCCGAGAUGCUAGCCUACCGCGCGGAAGAGCUCAAGCACGUCUGGUACAGAGCGCCCUGCGGCACCGGCAUCUGGAAACCCGGCGAACCCCUCCCCACGUGCGCGUGUCCAAAAUUUAGCAUUUCUUGCGAGACUGACAACCACUUCAAAGUCUCCCUCACGGACACCAACCAUGAGGAGCCUGAAAGGACUCCGGAAAACGUGUUCGCCGCUAUCCCCCCAGAUUUCAAGAUCAAGCGUUGUGCAUACCAGUGCCUCACUAAAAUCUUUGCCGACGCCAACACAGCGGCAUGA